AUGAUUGGAAAUCUCGACGAGUUGCAUCAUACAUAUCUCGUAAAUGGUGAUAUUAUUGAUAAAAAUGUUGAUCGUCAAAUUGAUAGUUCUACUAUUCUUUCAAAUAAUAAUAGUAAUUCAAAUCAAGGUACUGAAAAUGUUGAAUCUGCACAUAUGGAUUCAAAUGACUUUGAUACUUGGCUUGCUGAUUGUAUGUUUCAAAAUACUCAUAAACCCUUUGCUUAUCUUGAUUUAAUUGGUGUUGAUAUGAAUGAUAUUUUUGGUUCAUGGGAUGAACCCAUGGACGUUGAUUUUGAUGCAAGGAAGAAACGGCGUGAGGGUAUGGAUGUGAAUGUGUGGGUGUGGGUGUAGAUCUGUUAUUCAUUCACACCCACACCCACCCACACCCACCCACACCCACACCCACCCACAC